AGGGGCCUGGGAGCCCAGCUCGGUCUUACCCUCGCUGGUGUGAGGUCCCGGGUUCUGCCUGGCGGCUCCGCUCCCUUUGUGGAGCUGGUGCUUUUGUAUCAGCAGGUUUGCCAGUACCGCCCACUCCGGCAUUUUCUCAGUUGCUGCGCCCAACCUGACCUUUCCCUUUCGCGGGGUCAUUAAGUUCUCCGUGCUGUUACUUUCUCGGUCCUAGUACCGCUAGUAUCUCCUGAGAAACUUCCUGAACGCCGUUUCGCCGUGCAGAACGGUAAUUGCUCCGAGCGUCUGUAGGCACCAGUAACAACGUGGUGCCGUUACUCGGCGCUUUUUCUGUCACAACAGAUUAAAACGAGUUAAAACACAUUAAACCGAUUAAUAAAACGGAUGAAAACACAUGAAAACGCCACAACACGUUUUUCUGUCACAACACGUUUAAACAGAGUCGGUUCAUGUCUGCAGACCGGAUGUUUAGGCGUGGAAGCACCGCUCCUUUCUAGGAGCACGCUGUUUCUCUCUAGCAGCACCGUUCGCGGCGUCUAAACCGAUACGGUAUUUGUCUGGCAGUACACCCGCUAUCCGCUAGGUGCCGGCGCUUGCUAAGUUCGACGCGCGGUUCUACUUAGGGAGAUCCUUAGUAGCUCAGAGCCCUCGCGGACGGUUUUCCGAAAUGCUCAUUUCCCGGAAACAGGUGGUUCUUGGCCCUUGAAGCGCUCUUUAAUACCUGCGUUCUGUAGCGCUAGUUCUCUGCAAGGUUUGCUCCAUGUCCGUUUCAUUUCGGUUUCUUUUCUUGCUGUUUUUCUGUCGGAAUUACGGUUCGUUUUGGUUCCAUGCACUCUCUACGAUGUUACCGUUUUUUCAAUUGUCUACAAAUUUUCGCGCAUUUGCUACUAUUGAGUUUCCUAGUAUCUGGCUGGCCUCCGCCCACGGGCUCCGGAGAGCAUAAAUACCCAGGCUGAUGGCGUGCAGAAGGCCCUCGCUCCUUGAUCAGCGGAAACAUCUGUUUCCUCCUGGUCUGAGGCUUAAGAGAUGGAGCAACAUUUUCUUGGCUGUGUGAAGCGUGCCUGGGAUUCCGCCGAAGCGGCGCCAGAGCCCCAGCCUCCGCCUAUUGUGAGUUCGGAAGACCGUGGGCCGUGGCCUCUUCCUUUGUAUCCGGUACUGGGAGAGUGCUCACUGGACAGCUGUGAUUCGGAACUGCUUUCCAGUCCUUGCUGGCGGCUACGCUGGAUCUACCCGCAAAACGGACUCUUUCCCGGAGUCCAGAGCAUCUUGGAACCAAGUACCGACCAGCCCGCUGAGUUCAGUUGGCCCGGGACGCAGAAGCAGCAAGAGGCACUUGCAGAAGAGGUGGACCAGGCAGAGGAACCCGACAGACUCACACUCCAGCCGCUUCCCUUGAGCAGUCCUCCCCAGCCCUGGGACAGACUGGAGGACACCCCGGCCUGUGACAGCGGGCCCGUUUUGGAAUGCAGCCACCCUGCUGCCCUGGAUUGGUGGCGCCCCCUCCCGGGUUUCUCAGACUGCCUGGAGUGGAUUCGUCGCGUUGGUUGUGCAGCGUUCUCUGUGCCCUGGGCGUGCUGCCCACGGAUCUGUGGAGCUAAUCAGCCUUAGAGAGCAACAGGAGGCUUUCGGAUUCUCCUCCUUGAAGAGAUUCUGUUACCAAAGGUCUCCACCUAGAAAAUAAAAAUACAUUAAAAGGUGCCUUCAUUGCUGGUUGUCAAUUUUUAAAUGCUCUUUCUCUGAUGUUUCUCCCUUGUUUCGGGUCCCUUACUACUUGCAGUUUCCUUGCUUUUUAAACCGUUAUGUCGAUUUCGUUAUAUACUUCAUUUUUAUCUCUUUCAACUUUGAGAAAUCUAUAUUCUGAAUGUAGAAUUCUUCUUAGAGUUUUUGGCAAAUUUAACAUUUAUUCAUUUUUUCCAUUUUGUUUUUAAAUCCUAUUCAUAAUAUUUUCCUAAUUAUUUCUUUCUAAAUGUAUUGUUUUCAUUUAAUUUUA